AUAAAAGAGAAAAGGAAACUCUUUCAGAUACAACAGAAAAACUCACUCUUAAAAUACAAGCAGACUCGCAGGAGAUUAAUGAUCAAUGAUGAAGAUCCUUCUCUGCUUCACUACUUUCCUCCUGAUCAUGGGUCACAUGGUAGGUGCUACUGUUAAUGUGUUUGGCAUCACAGGAGGAGGUCUCUAUGCUCAGCUCUUUUAUGAAGGAACGUUUCUCAAAAGCACAAUAAGCUUUUGCAAAGUGUCAGGUUUUGAGUGUGAAACCUUGACAACUGUACAGGAUCAUUUAUUGAUUCCUGGGAGGAGAUUCUCUAUGAUUGAUAUUAAAUCUAAAAAUCAAGGCAUGCUUUAUGUCCUCAUUAGAAACCUGACAAUAAAUGACGCAGGACUGUACAGAUGUAAAGCCGGCAGUGAAUGGUCUCGGGAUGUGCGAUUACAUGUGGCAAAUGACUCCUGUUGUGGGGGAUCAGUUGAACAGACUGCUUAUUUAGGAGGAACGGUUACUCUCAAACGCAAAUGUCCAGCAAUACAUAGAAUAGACCCAAAGUGGUGGAUGAAAGUUCCUAAUGGAUACUCACAGUCUGUUAUGUCCCCCAUUGGAGAUGCAAACAAUGUAGGAAGAUUUUCUUUGAAUGGAAACUCACAGGAAUGUAUCUUUACUCAGACACAUAUUCAUGUGAGUCAACAAGAUGAAGGGGUCUAUUUAUGUGGAGUACGCAACUCAAAUUUCUAUGUGUUUUUCAUGGAAGUUCAUCUUCAUGUUAAAGGUGUUUACUGGAAUGCCACUGUAUGAACAUUCAAUAGUAAACUUUACAUCUCAACAUCUGCUGCUGUAAAAGAGAUUUCUACCACCUGAACAACCAAAAACAUUAAUUUGGGAAAAUUAAACAACUUUAACAUCCAUUUUAUUUGUAUUAUUAAAUAUAAGUUUAUCUUUGUUAAGUUAUUUGUAGCACUUACCUUCAAACUCAAGUUUAUAUGAAAAUUAUUAUUUUUUAAAAUGACUCGUUACACUUGCUGC